AUGGCUUCUUUCCCAUUUUCUGCUAGUGCUGCAUUGAUAGAAAAAGAAGAAGAAGAAGGUGUAGGCCAAGAAUGUCAGGAACUGCUUCGAUCACUUCCUCAGGAAAAGGGUUGGCGAACUGCUCAUAUCUACCAAUACCAAGGCUUUUGGGUUGCAGGGAAACUAAUAGAAUCAAUCAUAGAAAUUCAGCAAAAUUUCCGAGUUCGUGACACUGAUGUCUUGCUGGUCACUACCCCAAAAUCAGGUACAGUAUGGUUGAAAGCCCUUGCUUUCGCAAUUAUGAACCGCAAUCGUUAUUCAUUCUCAGAAAAUCCUUUGCUUAAUACCAACCCCCAUGAACUUGUUCCCUUCUUAGAACAUGGGGUUUUCAUUAGUAACAAACUACCCUAUCUCUCUACCCUCCCAUCUCCUAGGCUUUUUGCCUCACAUAUCCCUUACCCAUCCUUGUCUGAGUCCAUUAAGACCAAUAAUUGUCGAAUCGUUUAUCAAUGUCGGAACCCUAAAGACAUGUUUGUAUCACUCUUUCUUUUUUCGGGUAAGCUUAGACCUGAAAAUCUUGGGCCACUCUCACUAGAUCAAGCUUUUGAGUUAUUCUGUAAGGGAGCCUAUGAAUUUGGACCCUAUUGGGAUCAUGUGUUAGGGUUUUGGAAGGAAAGCUUUGAAAGGCCUCAGAAGAGUUUGGAGGUGAACAAGACUGGAAAACUGAUGCCAAGAGGAGAUAAUGCAGUGUUUUUCAGGAAAGGAGAAGUUGGAGAUUGGAUGAACCAUUUGAGUCCAGAAAUGGCAGAGAAAAUAGACAAGAUCACUGAAGUGAAACUACUUGGUUCAGGUCUGUCAUUUCAAGUGGCUUCCUUUGAGAAUGAAACAGCAUCUGCCAGCUGA